AUCGAAUAGCGCUCCUCCCGCAUAUUAAGCACGUACUAGUAGAAACGUCAUAAAUCUAGUUCUUUUUCUACGCGAAGCAAAGUACCAAGGAUACAUGACCAUUUUGUUGGCGGCGGGACGACACCAAAAUUGCAACAUCUCUUGCACCACAUUUUCGCACAACCCAGCAUCGCACUUCUGCCCUUCAAUCAGCAGAAAGGCUGCAACUGCGGAACCGAUUUCAUCGGCAACACAAAACCGCCAUGUCGAUCUCCAAAUUAGCCCUGCAAAACCAGGAGCAGGGGAUAAAAGACGCACUGGAGGAUUUGAAAAAAGCGAUCCAGCAGUUGCAGGGACAAGGACCUAGCGGCGGCGGUGGUCUCUUCGGGAGUUCGAGCUCCAGCUCCUCCUCAAAAAACCCUAACGUGGAACAGGAAAAGUCGCGACAAGCCGCCGCGCAAAUUCGCGUGUGUAAUCAGCUGGUGUCGAGGUGUCGUUAUGCAUCGCAAAAGCAUCGUACUUACUAGUAGUGGGAACUGCAUUGCAAGUUUGACGCCUACUAGCAUGGAAAUAAGUGGACGAGAUUGUCAUGCUGAUUAGCAUACGGAAGUCGAUCUGUCAUGCAGUACCGCCAAUGCUACGAGUGGUACAAUGCUUUUGCACAUCAUAUUCGUAACUUGCUGGAAGCGUUGCAGCUGGAGCUCCGCGCCUGCAAGGAUGAGGUCAUUCGGGGCGGGUAUGAACAGGUAUUUUCUGAGGUGUUGUUUGUCAUGCAUAGCAGCAGCUUGUUAGGUUUUUGUCAUGCAGGACACGAUUAGAGAUAGAGUCGUACUUCUGUAAUGCAAAACCCCAAUACAACGACAAAUCCAGACCCUCUCCGACUUCCGUUCCGAGCUGAAGAAGCAACAAACGGAGCUGGAGUUCCGGAAAAAGGAGAUCCAACGCUCCACGAACCAGCAGAAAUCGAAAAACCUGCUCGGAAAAUACGAAAACAUGGAACAAGUCGACCAGCGGAGGUUAGACGAUGUCAGGGCGGAAUUUGAUCCGGAAAACCCGCAGAUGAACAGCGCAGGAUCAAGCCAGUUUCAGCUGCAACAGCAAUCCAACCGUGCGAUACAACUGGGGGAUAAAUUGCAGGACAGAACAGAGGAGUCGCUCAAGCGGAUUCUCCGGAUGGCCGCAGACGCGGAGCAGAUCGGGACUAGGUCGUUACAAACGAUGCACGCACACGAGGAGCGGAUGGGAAGGACGAUGCAGGAGAUGGACGACGUGCAGAACAUAUCAAAUGCAAAAAUGUCUGGGUCUGGAAGGUUGCAGGAGUUUGUCAUGCAUCUUCUGGAUCACCAUCACGCAGCUGGUCUCUAAUGCACGCAGAAGCAUUACAGGUUUUGCGCAGGCCUCCUGAUGUCUAUUCCGCAUGAGAAAUUCCCUAUUUGCAUAGCAACAAAUGGGAAGCUUUUGGCGCUUAUGCAAUACAAAUUUCUGCCUAUUCGUAUUCCAGAAUUCGCAUGACAAGUUCCAACUCUUCCAGACCCAGACGUUUUUACAUUUGAUAGAACACACUCCAGCGGACGAGACAUGUGGUAAGCGGGUUGAUGCGGGGAGCGGCGAGUGAUAAGUGCGUGCAGAUGCUGUGUGCGUUCUAUCGUCUGCAAAAGUAUCGUACUCGUAUUGCGAUCAUGCAUUACAAAAUCCGCAUUACAAUUUUUAUUUUUAUUCGCGCUGAGGGAAUUUGUCAUGCAUUGAUUUAUACGAGUGCGAUAGUUUUGCAGUUCAUACGUUCAUCACACUGGCGAUUUUGUUGUGUAUCGUGCUGGCCGCUUUAGGG